GCAGUUCAAUAAAUGGCUUCUAAGUUUGCUUCUUCUCUCUCUUCUUCUGUACCAGUAGAUCCUCCCGAUCAACUGACAAUUACUGAUCUACCUGAAGUACUUCAAUUACUCAGAAGACACGGUUACGGAGUCAGUUAUAAUCUUGGUCUUUAUCUUGGUCUAUCCUCUACUACACUGGAUGCUAUUAGAAGGAAUAGUAAAGAAGAUUCUGAGAGGCGUCUACGUGAGUGUCUUACUAAAUGGUUACAGAAAGCUGAUGAUGUACAGAAGACUAAAGGUGUCCUACUAUCUAUUCAUUGGUAUCAGCAUUGAGGGAAAUAGGAGAGAAUGGAGUAGCUGAUAGAAUAGAUACGGAGAUUCAUCCUGCUUGUAGAAUUUUUGCUCGUUAUACCUUAAACCAAUCUCUACUUUCUGUAUUACAUCAGCUGGUUACAGAAUUGUGUGGAGCAGAACUUAUACAAGAGAGUAUCGUCCCACAAUAUGAACAAGGAGAAGAACUACUGGGUGAAAUAAAGGCAGCUGUCUGUAAAGAUUAUAAAAAACUUGAGACAUUUGCUGAUAUUUUAUGUAAAUUUACAGCCACUGCUGAUAUAGGAAGAGCUAUCAUGAGAGACUACAGAGAGAUUUAUGGGAGUGAUGAUAAGAAUGGGCUCAAGAUUUAUCUUCCUAAGAGUGUCACUACAGAGCUUUAUUUGAUGCGAUUAAAGCUGGAGGAACCAUUUAUCAUUGUUAGAUCAAUCAUGAUGAGCAACCCUCAGUCUUCAUCCAUUGAUGAUAUCAAACGUGUACUGGGUGGAUACAACAAAGGAUUAAAGCCUCGGCUAGCUCAGUGUAAAGAUGUCCGUAGUAUUUUACAAUUAGUGCGUGAGAAUAGUUCACUUGAUGAUAUUAGGAUGCUGGAGGUUCUUGUUAAUGAGUUUAAUAUAGAGGAGGCUAUUGCAGUUAUUGAGGAAUAUAAAGGAGCUGUUGAGGAGUUAAAAAUGAAACUUCGUCGAUUUUUGAAAAAAGAGCUUUUUAAAGUUCCAUCACUACUUGACUAUAUUACAAUUAUCGUUGAUCAAGAUACUAGCUAUUCAGUACUUAAAGAUGUACAGAGACUAUCAUCAGCUGUAUUAUCACAUUACAUGUACAUGUAUGUCAGAGUAAGUGUCAUUAGAGGUGAUGGUAGCAUGAAGAAACAAGACUCAUCCACACAAACAACUGAAGUACCAGCAGGAACAACAGAAAAGGAUGAGGAUCAAGCUAUGUUGCUACAGGAGAAAGUUGAAAGUAUUCAAAAGCAACUAGAGGAAGAAAAGGAACUUCAUACAAAAGAGAAAUUACAAUUUUAUGAACCAGUUAUAAAGGAAUAUGAAGAGAGACUAGCAACACUCACUGAACAACAGGAGGAAGUUACUGGAGACUUGAAACACAAGACAGAACAAUAUGAAGAAUUAAGAUCAGAGAAUGAACUUACUCAUAAACAACUGGAGGAACUACAAAAGAAGUUGAAGGAAGAGAAACGAACAUCCUCCAGUUUAAUGAAACAGAAAAAAAUUGCUCUAAGAGAGAAAGAGGAACUACAAAUAAAGAUUGAUGAUCUUCAACAAGAACUAGAACUACUGCAGCAAGUCAAAGAUCACAAGGAAGUAUCAAUUCAGUGUGAUUACACUAUCACUGAAUCAGACGUACCCACUUCUCAUAAACAACUGGAGGAACUACAAAAGAAGUUAAAGGAAGAGAUACAAAGAUCCUCCAGUUUCAUGGAACAGAAACAAACUGCUCCAAGAGAGAAAGAGGAACUGCAAAGAAAGAUUGAUGAUCUUCAACAAGAAUUAGAAGUACAGCAAGUCAAAGAUCACAAGGAAGUAUCAGAGUUACAGAGUGAAAUUCAAAAUUUUAAAAAUGAAAGUGAAAAACAAAGGAAAGCAUUGAUACUGGAGAAUGAAAGAUUAAUGUCAUUAAUUAAAGAUCAUAAUGUACCAGUAGAACAGAAAGAAGAGACUGAGAUAUUACAAGAGACUGAGACUGUACAUACAUGUACUUAUAUCAGUAAAGACAAUGAUCUUACAAAUAAACAACUGGAGGAGCUACAAAAGAAGUUAAAGGAAGAGGAACAAACAUCCUCCAGGUUCUUGAGACAGAAAGAAGUUGCUCUAAGAGAGAAAAGGGAACUGCAAAGAAAGGUUGAUGAUCUUCAACAAGAAUUAGAACUACAGCAAGUCAAAGAUCACAAGGAAGCAUCAGGUUUACAUGAAUUACCUACUGGACAAUAUACAAUGAAUAAUGAUGAAGAAUAUGAUAUUAAUGUAAAAGAUUCAAAUGAUGAAGUUGAGACUGAAAUUGAAACUGANAACAAAGAAAUGCAAACAACACAAACAAGUAUUUCUUGA